GGACACUUCCGGUUACCUCUCAGGAAGAGGCGCCAAAAUCAAAAAAGUUUUCAAGCGGAUAAAAGGUAAACAAACCGUCUGUGUGAUGGUUUAGUGACAGGAUUUUAUUUAACAAUCACUUACAUAACGCAGACUCGCAUUUAAAAAUGAACCCGACGGUUGAGUACUUCUCCAAGCUGAGGACGCUGGCGGUGACUCUGGAGACAGAAACUGCGAAGAUCCAGCAAGACUUUGAAAACCGCAACAACGAGGACGACGAUGACAGCGGUGAGAGAGGGCCGACAACCACAGACUGCCUCUCUGUCAAAUUAUAGCGUGUAUAUAUCUUCCUAAUGUUUAUCGAUUUGUCUCUGUAUGUAUUUCUAGGAACUGCAGCGAGAGCGAUGAGAGCUUAUCAUGAGCUGAACCGUGACGUUGGAAACAUGAAGGUAUGUGAGGAAACCUGUAAACCAAACCUCGUUCAGUUUUUCUAACAUUUUAGGCUAGCGUCGGUAAACUCACGAUGAAACAGAGUACCUUUAGAUUCUCUGCAAUCUCAACGACUACUGUGAAUUUAUCAUAAUGUCUAAAUUACUUAAAAUUAGUUAUUGUCUACAUUUAACCAACGGCUCAACCAACGGUGUGUUUGGUAAGAUUAUUUUGAUAUCUGUUAUGAAUAGGAAAAAUAACUUGUUUUUAAAUGGGAUUUUGUGUGACAUAGACCUCUUAAACUGUUGUUGUUUUUUAACUGUCCUGGGUUGUUCCCAGGUGUCUAUGAUUUCCUAAAGACUCAGAUUAUGAAUUUGUCUAACUCCAAGUUUUCUUCGAAGUCUUAACUCACGCAGUUUCUCACAGAGCGGUGAACCUCUUUCUAUCUUAACAUCUGAGAGACUCAUCCUCUUUGUACUGUCCAUUUUAUACACAGCCAUGUUAAUGACCUGUUGCGAAUUAAUGUUGUUAUUUGGUAGAUUUUCUGGAGGUCUGUUCACAGCAUACUGUGCUAAUAUGUCAGUGUGUGUGUUACUAAAUGAAUCAAUUUGCCUAAUUACUCUUCAAUGCAAUGUACUGACCUGAUCCACUCUGUCCUUACACAGGGACAGAUCCAGGAACAUUUGGCUCAGCAGAAAGCCAGAGAGAACGAGCUGAGCAGCUUCAUUAAGGCCUGUAAAGUGGCGAAGCAGAGGGUGACACAGGACAUCCAGACACUGAAGGGACACUGGGAAAAAUACGGUUACCAAGCCCCACAAGACACUCAGAAACAAACCAGUAAGCCAUGACUGCAACUGCAGCUUCAGGGGUCAAACCAAGUUUAACUGUUUAUUGAAGUUCUUAUGUCUUUCAAGUCUGUCGAGACAUUUAUUUAAACUGAAGAUGAACAACAAUUGAAUAACAGUUAUUUUAAUCUACUCUUCUUAUAUUCAAUUUACAAAUUCCACUCACAAUUCUCCUUCACAGAGAGUAAAAGUCAGGAGUUGGAGGCUGAAGAUGUAGUCGCAGAUGUGGAAGAAACUAACUCAGCAGAAGAAGAAGUGGAGGGUCAGGAGGAGGCUGGAGGUGAUCCCUCCAAAUCACCUCCAGGACCUCCAUCUUUUCCUGGCACUAUGCGAACCCCUCAGCUGUCUGACUUUGGCCUGUCUGAGAUGCAUCUAAAAAGAGCUCUGGCUGGAGCAGCAUGGUGUACUGAAGUGCCCCCUAUGCCUGAAAUGAGCCUCCCUCAUCCGACGCUCAGCACCCCUGCACCCCCACCCAUGCCCUUGACUCCUAAAUGUGCCCUGCGGAUGGAUGACGAUGAGCUUCAGACACCACAGAUGCAUGACUUUGGAAUCUCAGAGCACACUUUGUGUCUGAACAAUGACUUCACGAUGGAUCUUCUUCGAAAGAAUGCAAAGAGGCCCCAAAGGUAAAGAGAGAUAAUGAGUUUAACAAAAUGUAUUCAGUGUUGACCUUUAUUAGCUUUCACCGGCAGUGUACAGGAUUUGCAGAUGGAAUAGUCGAUGCUCAUUAACUGCUUUAUGAAUUCCUCUUUCUUUUACAGACCAUCACUAGACAUACCUGCACCACCAGGGGAGCCUCUUAUGAAGAGUUUGCAGACACAAGGCAUGAGACUUUGACAUCUUCCCUCCUCUAGAUGAUCCUUUUUAGACAUCAUUUUUAAUUGUACUGAAAAUCUUUUCCAAUAGAUGUGGUGGAGUUAAAACUAUCAAGUGUUACAGUCUUUUUUUUAACAUUACCCCACUGGAUCUCUUCCUAUCUUUAUUUUGGUUUGGGGUAUGCUUUACCAAACUUCAUGUCUCAACUUUCUGAAACCCUCACAACCCAGGCUAGGUCUGAUUUGCAACUUUGAGCAGUAAUUUAAGACACUACACAGUCAUUAACCCAGUUCUAUAAUGUAAAAAUUGUAUAUAUGUGUAUAUAAUGUCAAUUAUAACAAGUAAAAAUACUAAUUUGAAAAAGGAAAUAUUUUUUAAAACAUGUAUUUCAGAAAAAGACUCAAAAGCCUUAACCAAGAAAAGAAUUACAGACUGCUCAUAAAUGAUCAAAAUGCCGCUGUCCUCUUUGUAAAUAGUGAGGCAACAAUAAUGAAAUAAAACUUGCAUUGUGCCAACUCAAAGCUUAUUGUGUUGUUGUUUUUUAGCUAAUAAAUUGGAGUCUCCAGAGCCACCUGUGUUUUGCACCCCAGGGUUCAAGAUUAAAAAGACAAACUACACUCCUCAAGCUGAAAGCAAUUGUGGCACAGAAUCCCCUGCUCAGCCUGAGUGUCUGCCCUCAACCCCUGAGGUUCCUGCAUUUCAAACCCUGUACGUGAACCGACUGGCCAGCACCAAAAAGGUACAGACAGAUGUUUAAUGUACUUCAUAGAAAAUUCUUUGGUUGUAGCUUACAGAAAUGUGUAGAAAAAGUUCCUCAUCAAUAUUCUACCUUGUUUUUUUCCCCACCAUUUUUCCUAUUAUCUUAGAGUGCAUGGCAGGAUGAGUCCAUUGUAAUGCAAACUGACGGCUUUGAAUCCCAGACAACUCAAAAUGGAACGACUGGCUCUAAGUUCUCCUGGAAGUAUAAUGAGCCAGAUAUAUCUACUGUGGGUAUAGAGGACUUACAGAUGCCAGAGAUGCCCGACCUGGAGUUUCAGCUUGGAAAUACUUUACUGAGUGUGAGACCAAAUAAAAUAUUGUUUAAUUCUUAGCUUUCAGUCACACUGACAAUUGAUGGCCAGAUAAUUCUCAAAACAGAUUAGAGAGUCAGUACUGCCAAGUGUCAUUUCUCCAUUACUCUUGAUAUGUCUCUUUUACUCCAGAGGGGUGCAAAAAAGCCAGGCAAGACAACCCAGGAGUACAAAGAGGUGACAAAGGGGCCCACUGUUAGUAGACUGGAGGUGGAUGAACCCACCCAGGAGUUCAGGCUUGGGACACCUCGUAUCAGAAUGGGUUACCAAGAGCCCAGCACCCCGGAGAUGCCAGACCUCAGCUCUGUUACUCAGGAUAUCUGCAAAGUGAGUUCACUGCCAAUAACAGCUCAUAUUGUUUCAUUUUUAUUUUAUGACAGAUAUCUACUGUUAUCAGUUUUUCAUGCCUAUUUUCCAAAUUGGAGCAACACAUUUUAUGAUAUGCACAAUUCAAACUUCAAUUCAGUUCUUCAAGCCGAUACCUUUUAGUGCACUUUUGUAAAUUUUAUGUCUGUCUUUUAUUUUGUAGCUUUUAUCUGAGACCCAGAAGAAGAAUGUCAUAGCUGUUGUGAGUCCAACUGUCAGGCCAGAGAAAGACAAAAGCAGGUAACUGAGUAAUUAUACAUCAUAUAACACCACAUCACCUCACAAAAAAACUGAGGUCAAAACGUGAUUUAUGCUGAUCUGAUCUCGUUUGUGUUCUGUCUUUUCAUUCAAUCCCAUUCGCAGAGCUCUGAGUAUGCCUUUGGUGUCACAGAGCGAGUUUCAAAGUUUACCAUGCUACCUGCGACAGAUGACACUAAACAACCUAAACCAGGCUGUUCACAGCAUCAACAACUAUACACAAGAGUUACGAGGUCAGCACUACUGAACACUUUCUGUAUGCAGUGUACAGUAUGUCUUGCAGUCUGAUGUAUCUAACCAUUUACCGUUCUGUGGCGCCCUCUGCAGGAGAAAAGACAGAGUUUCAGAUGGAAGAGUUGAGGAGGAUUACAAACGUUGGAACCAAGACCCCUGUAUACAUCCUCUGUCUGGCUGAACUGAAGAGAUUGAAGCACAUAGGAGGAACCAGUAACACCUCUAUUUACCAGCUGAGCACACACUGCUAAAAGUUGCUUCACACACUGUUGUGAACUCUCAUUCAGGAGCAAGACAACCAGUUAAAGAGAUAAUUAUCUCUGGCUGUGUUUUUUACUCCCAUAAAUAUACUCUGCAGAAGAUCAAUACCUCACAAAAGGAAUCCUAACUAAUUAUCCAAAGUAGGGAAAGUGAUUUCGGUCGUGUUUUCAUCCUUUACGUCACACUUACUUGUUUCUGAAGCAUGGCUUGUCAGUGAUUCGCACUUGUGUGGUUUGUGGCUCUCUUCAGACUUUUUUAAAUGUUGUAGAUUAAAAAUGUAAAAUUUUGCUGAAUAAAAUAAAGUGAUAAAUGAUGAAAAA